AUGUGUAGGACUAAUGCUCUUGUGGUAACAGCAGUCGCUGAAGCUAAAGCUUCCUCUCAAACACAACGAGGGGGUUCUCGACCGGGCCGUGCACUGAAUGAGGAGCGAUUUAGGGAAUCAAGAGGGAAAAACAUGAUGGAAGAUUACUUUGUGGAGCGUUCAGUUUUCAGUGAAGAGGAGUUCCGGACACGGUACAGGAUGAGUCACAAUUUUUUCAACCGCAUCUCCAGUGACCUUUUUUACUAUGACCGGUACUUUGUCCAGAAAUCAGAUGCUGCUAGGAAAGUCGGACUACUUCCCCAGCAGAAGCUGACAUGUUCCCUAAGAAUGCUUGAUUAUGGUGCUGGGGCAGAUCAAUGUGCUGAGUAUUGUCGGAUGGCGAAAUCUACUGCUAUCGAGGCUCUUAAACGAUUUACAAGAGCAAUCGUUAAUCUGUACUCAGUACAUUACCUCCGGGCUCCUACUCCGGUCGACCUCAGAAGACUUCUAGCAAAAGCUGAGAGAAGAGGUUUUCCUGGGAUGAUUGGAAGUAUCGACUGCAUGCACUGGCAAUGGAAGAAUUGCCUAACAGAUUGGGUUGGAGAAUAUAACGGUCGAAAAAGUGUGCACACUAUCAUCCUUGAAGUAGUUGCUUCUUAUGACACAUGGAUAUGGCAUGCCUGGAUCAUGAAAUGA